GUUGCGGAGACUACAACGGAGAUACAAAACAAAAAUACUUAAAAAGACAUGAAAAGGCCGGCACUUUUUACUAAUUUUUCCUAUUUCGCUGGAUUCCACCCCAACGCGACUCAAUCAAACACCUUACCUAAACCAGCUACAGUAUAUUUCUUCUGCGAAUGCUAAUUUUCUCCCUUUUUUUCAACCAUUUUCCCACAUAAUCAGAGAUUUCCUGUUGGAAAACUUGGAAACACAGAUUGGAGAAUCAGAAGAAUGAUUUCAGAUCAUAACUACCCUUUAACCUUUUCUUCUCUCUCUCUCUCUCUCUCUCUCUCUCUCUCUCUCUUACUACUAACUAAUUAACCUUGUCUUCUCUCCUCAUCGUCUUCUCCCCCCCUUCCUUCCUUUCUCACUGAUUCUCAAUCAUGUUUGGUUGUUUCAGACCUUUGUCUUUGCACAGAAGGGUUAAAACCCUUCUCCUCCGACUAAAAACCCCGAGCAGAAACAAAACUUGGCUCUCUAAAAUUAAGCACAAGCGGCUCUCUUCCAGUUUCGAUUUGUUAACCUCUUCUUUCGCCACCAUGGAAGUAUCCAGCCAGUUUGAACAAGUAUUCAAGGUCUUCGACGCGAAUGGUGACGGCAAGAUAUCCGCGCUGGAGCUAACCGAAGUGCUUCUCUGCUUGGGCUACGAGAAAUCAACGGCUGAUGAUGAAGCAAAAGCAAUGAUGAGAGAGGUGGACAGUAAUGGAGAUGGGUUCAUCGAUUUGAACGAAUUUAUGGUCGCCAUGAACCCCGUUAAUGGCAACUCCGUCAAUGGCAACGGGAAUGAAUACGACCAUCUGAUGGAUGCGUUUAUGAUUUUCGACGCCGAUAAAAAUGGACUCAUAUCUGCUGGUGAGUUGCGCCGGGUUCUGCUCAGUCUUGGAUCCAAGAACUGCAGCAUUUCAGAGUGCAAGAAGAUGAUAAAGGGGGUCGACAGGGACGGCGAUGGAUUCGUGGAUUUCGAAGAGUUUCGAUCAAUGAUGAGAGCCAGAAAGUAGCUCCUGAAAAAUUGUUGUGAAUAGAUUGAUUAAUUAAUUAAUCAGCCGGGGCUGUAACAACAGAUUAAAGCCGUGAAAAGUUUAUUAUCAAAUCCAGUUCGGGUACGAAAAUCAUUUUCCAAUUACUGGAGACAGAUGAAGAUGAUGAUGAAUGUAAAUUUGAUCUGAUCAAGUAGCUCCAUCAUAUCUACAUAUAUACUUUUGAGUAAGAAGGUUUGAAUAUUAUACCCACAAAAAUCUGUAAGUUCUAAAUAAAUUGAAAAAAUGUGAUUAGCUCAUUUUAAAUUUUUUAAGAAAAAACUUAGGUAAAAAGAUCGAUUGACUUAUUGUUGUAAAGUUUCAUUUUUUUUUUUUUUUGGGUGUAUAAACAAAAUAUUUGGAGUUAUUCUUUUUGAAUUUCUUAUGUAUGUACUUUCACAUCAAUGCCCAUAAAGCACAUUCUGGAUCUUCUUUAUUCCCGGCUAGGCACCAAAAGAAUAUUGUGAAAGCAGCCC